GUUUUAUAAAUUAAAUACAGUGUUGUUGUAACCCGCAAUAAAAAUAGAGAGAGAGAAAUACACGACGCGUAAACGUAGCGUGAAUUAAAAAAAAGCAAACAAAUACAACGCGUAUUUACAAAACGGAGUUCUCCAAAGCCCCAGCACAAACGUACAUGAAUAAAAUUUGAAAUUUGUGUUUUCCGAUAUCAUCCGCAUCAAUUGUGAUUAAAAAAUGCAUAACCUCCAAAAAAUCAAACGUCACAAAAAACAGCAACAAUAAAAGUUGUUCUUUACCAUAUUUGUUGUUAGCAAAUUUGUAAAAAAAAAUGACCAAAGGCUACUUAGAAUUGUGGUGACAAAUAGCGAUAAGUAGUUUCAGUCAAUAUUUGGAGAUUGGAGAAGUAAGACUUCAGCUUCUCGGCCAUCAACUGGCCUUGACAAUAGUUUCAAGUUCUUGGCGUGUCUGGGUUAGUUGAAGAAGAGUGUGAGUCGUCGUUGACGCAAGUGGGAAAAGGGGUUCUUCGUAGGGAAGUUAAGGACUUUGUACGCAUUAAAGUCAAUAAUAGAGACGCAAUAGAGUUUUUCAAUAUUGUGCUGUGCGGCCACACAGCUGUGUUCUUAUCUAGAAACUAAAAAAGGAAAGCAAAAACUGAAUUACUAAUCAUUAGUACUUAUAAAAAAAAAAAAAAAAACAUUAAAAAGAGCAACAGCAAAACUCGUCGCUUGUAGUCCGCAACAAUGACGGACGAGUGCAUAUCAUCAAUUGAAUAUAUAACGAAAGCCACACUGAAAAUGAACGCUGCCUCCAGUGAUGUGGAUUGCAGCGGCGAUAGGCCUGAUGCCUUGGGCAUGGGCAUUGGAACAGGCGAGGAGACUAAUGCCAAUAAGACGAAUGGAAUAGAAAUGAAUGGAAAAAUGAGUUUUGAUACAAUGACUGUUGCGCGUAUGCCCACCGAACGCAAUGCCAUAGAAUACAAUAUGAAUCACAAGAAACGAGGACUUGCCCUUAUCUUUAAUCACGAGUACUAUGAUAUACCAAGACUGGAACCACGUACGGGUACCAACGUCGAUUGUGAAAAGUUAAAAAAGUCUUUUAAAAAUUUGGACUUUGAAGUAACGGCAUACAAGGAUUGUAAAUUGCGUGAUCUAUUUAAACAUAUCGAUAACGCUGCAUCGCAAGACCACAGCGAUUGUGAUUGUAUUGCGGUUGCAAUACUCACACAUGGUGAACACGGUUACCUUUACGCCAAAGAUGUCAUGUACAAAUUGGAAUCAAUUUGUCAUUAUUUCACAGCACAAGAGUGUCCAACAUUGGCGGGUAAACCAAAACUGUUCUUCAUACAGGCUUGUCGAGGGGACAGUUUGGAUCCGGGAAUAAAACUUCAAAAGACUGAAACAGAUGGUGAAACAUUCUCCGAAAUGACCUAUCGCAUACCGGUGCAUGCCGACUUUCUUAUAUCCUAUUCAACGAUUCCAGGGUUCUACUCAUGGCGCAAUACAUCGGAUGGUUCUUGGUACAUUCAGUCAUUGGUUGAGGAACUAAACAAGAAUGGCAUCAAAUAUGACAUGCUUUCUUUGCUGACAUUUGUCAGUCAACGCGUGGCCGUGGGCUAUGAGUCGUGUGUGCCCUCGCGCCCCUUAAUGGAUCAACAAAAGCAAAUACCUUGCCUUACCUCGAUGUUAACGCGUAUUUUGCGUUUCAACGAGAAACCCAAAACUGCUUAAGGAAUUCUUACUUCUUGUAUCAAUUAAUUUUUAACCAAGUGUAAUUUAACAAAGUGUCACAAUCUUGCGUACAAAUUUACAUCUAAUUUUCAAGAGAAAUUGUAUAACGUUUUAUAUUUUCAAAUAACAACGACAAAAAAUGUCUUACCAAGCAAUAUAUAUAUAUAUAUAUAUAUACAUAAAUAUAUAUUUUUUGCAUUAGAACAAAAUUUAUAAAGUAAUCAUAUGUAAAUAUACAUGUAGUUCAAAAUACAUGCAUACAUAUAUAAUAACGUUUUACAUGUAUUUUAUAAGCAAUAUUACAAAAUUUGUAUUCGAAAAAUGUUUCUCUUAGAUCACAUUAUUAUCAGAGCGCUACGUUUACGUUUUAUAUCCAAUGUGUAUUUCUGUUUACUUUCAACUAUUUUCCCCUUGUGGGGAGAUGAUAUAUUUUUUGUACGAGAUAUGGCGAAACAUCCAUACGAAAGGGGAAGUUUUGCGAUUGAAAAGUAAAUCUUUUUGCUGUUUACUAUAAAGACGUUUUUUUAUACCAAUUGACAGACAUAUAUAUGGGUUUUAUGGACAAACCCCUCUAUAUUCAGUUACGAUUUUCAUUGUAAUUGUUAAGUCGAUUAUUGAAUGAUAAUUGGUAUAUAUUGAACUAAUAAAAUUUAGUGCCAUUAUAGCAGCAAAAAGAUUGAAACUCGAUCGAAAACAUGCCAACUAGCUUGCUUUUAAUUAACAAUUUAAUAUAAUUUAGUGUUAUUAAUUUUAAAAAAUAUUUCCUGUAUUGCCUUCCAUAACAACAAAAUGGCUGCCAUUUGUUCUUUUUUAAGACUUU